AAACUCGCACAGACGGGGAAUAAACGAAAACCGCGAGGCUGCCGGGUCCAUCAACCAGAAGCACCAGAGAGAGAAGAGGAAGAGGUGUGACUUCAUCUCUGCAACAGGUGAAACAUGAAGUGGACCGUCUUCCUGUCUUUGUGUCUGAACGUCGUCUCGGCCACAUUCGAUUACAUGUAUGAGGAGCCCUCCUUCUCCGAGCCAGAGGAUGUCCUGAGUGUGAGUAUUCCUCUGGACGGCCCCCAGAGGCCCCUGCUGGGAGGAGCCCUGCUGAUACCAUGCUACUUCCAGCACCACAGUGUUCCCGACCCGGGGGCGCCAACCAUCCCGCCCCUCUCGCACCGCAUCAAAUGGAGCCAUGUCACCAAGGACAAGGUCACCACCGUCCUGGUGGCCUUGGGAGGACGGCUGCGCAUCGACGAGGACUACCUGGACAGGGUCCACAUGGUGGGCUACCCGCUGAUGCCCACAGACGCCAGCAUCAAACUCACAGAGCUGCGCUCCAACGACAGCGGCGUCUACCGCUGCGAGGUCCAGCAGGGCAUCGAGGACGACCAGGACAACGUCCACGUGCAGGUCGAAGGGAUUGUCUUCCACUACCGUGCCAUCACUUCCCGUUACAGCCUCACUUUUGAAAAGGCCAAGGCAGCUUGCCUCCAGAACAGUGCCAUCAUUGCUUCUCCUGAACAGCUCCACGCCGCCUACGAUGACGGAUUCCACCAGUGUGACGCCGGCUGGCUGUCUGACCAAACCGUCAGGUACCCGAUCCAUGAGCCACGUGAACAGUGUUACGGCGACAAGUACGAGUUUCCCGGGGUGAGGACCUAUGGCGUGAGAGACGUUAACGAGAUGUACGACGUCUACUGCUUCAGUCAGAAGAUGGCCGGGGAGGUUUUCUACACCUGGUCUCCGGCUAAAUUCACCUUCGCUGAGGCAGAGGAGCAGUGCUCUCGGCAGGGUGCCCGGUUGGCCACCACGGGCCAGCUGUACCUGGCCUGGCAGGCCGGGAUGGACGUCUGCAAUGCCGGCUGGCUGGCCGACAAGAGUGUGCGCUACCCGAUCAACGUCCGCCGGCCUCAGUGUGGAGGGGGCCUGCUGGGGGUGCGCACCGUUUACCGCCACGCCAACCAAACAGGAUACCCGCUCCCUGAGUCCCGCUACGACGCCUUCUGCUACACAGAAUCCCCUGAUGAGGGCGGUUCAGGCAUGGAGGUUGUCACGGAAUCAGUAGGUGGUGUGCUGAGUGUUGCCACGGUAACGACAAGCCCGAAGGUGCUGAUCAGCAGAACCAAUCCCGAGAGUGAGGCGGUGGGCGAACUGGUCACCCAGCUACCCACCGGUGUGGACUUCACCUACACGCAGGACCUAACCGAGCUACCGCUGCCCCAGCCUCCCAACAUAACAGAGGUCAUCGAAGAGGUCAUUGAAGGGGUCACCGGCAGACCAGACGUUGGCAGAGGACCCAGUGACCGCUUUGCCACGGUAACGACAAGCCCGAAGGUGCUGAUCAGCAGAACCACUCCCGAGAGUGAGGCGGUGGGUGAACUGGUCACCCAGCUACCCACCGGUGUGGACUUCACCUACACACAGGACCUAACCGAGCUACCGCUGCCCCAGCCUCCCAACAUAACAGAGGUCAUCGAAGAGGUCAUUGAAGGGGUCACCGGCAGACCAGACGUUGGCAGAGGACCCAGUGACCGCUUUGCCACGGUAACGACAAGCCCGAAGGUGCUGAUCAGCAGAACCACUCCCGAGAGUGAGGCGGUGGGUGAACUGGUCACCCAGCUACCCACCGGUGUGGACUUCACCUACACACAGGACCCAAACAAGCUACUGCUGCCCCAGCCUCCCAACAUAACAGAGGUCAUCGAAGAGGUCAUUGAAGGGGUCACCGGCAGACCAGACGUUGGCAGAGGACCCAGUGACCGCUUUGUGAUGUCACCAACUGUGGUGUUUCACUACCGUUCAGACGUCAGACGCUAUGCGUUCACCUUCGUUGAGGCUCAGCUUGCCUGUCAGAGUAUUGGCGCCUUCAUUGCCACACCUGAGCAGCUGCAGGCUGCUUAUGAAGCCGGUUACCACCAGUGUGAUGCAGGCUGGCUGCGGGACCAGACGGUCAGGUAUCCUAUAGUUUCACCUCGGGAAAAGUGUGCUGGGGACCUUGAUGAUCGCCCUGGGGUCAGAUCCUAUGGCUUGCGGCCAGGAGAUGAGCGCUAUGAUGUGUACUGCUAUAUUGAUGGACUCAAAGGGGAAGUUUUCCAUCUGGGCUCACAGGAAGGUUUCACCUAUCAUGAGGCUCUUUCCCAAUGUCAGGAAAAGAAUGCCACCCUGGCCUCCACCGGAGAGCUCUAUGCCGCCUGGAAACUGGGCUUUGAUAAGUGCCGCCCUGGCUGGCUCGUGGACCGUAGUGUCCGUUAUCCCAUCAACAACCCGAGGGUGCGGUGUGGGGCAGGGAGAUCUGGAGUUCACAUGGUGUAUAAAAACCUCAACCGGACCAGAUAUCCGGACCUGCAGGAGAAAUAUGAUGCCUACUGUUUCAGAGCGGAUAUUUCACUUAUUGCCAAUGAAACCGGACUGAACAUCACAGAAAUCCAGGAGGCUCUGGUUAACCUAACAUCAAUAAGGGAUUUGUUUAGGCCAGCUCUUCCCUCCAUUUCACCACCUAUCUUUGUGGAGACCUCUGGUUCUGGUUCAGGCUCAGCAGAUUUUGACACUGGGUCGACGAUCAGCAGCACCUCUGGUGAUCAGACCUCCGGCGACAUUUCUGGCUCUGGAGUCUUGUCUGGUUCUGGGGACAUAACCAGUUCUAGAGAUGUUUCCGGUUCUGGAGAUAUCUCUGGUUCUGAAGACCUGUCUGUUUCUGCAGAUGGUUCGGGUACUGUGGAUAUUUCUGGUUCUGGAGAUGUCUCUGGUUCUGGGAACCUGUCCUUUUCUGCAGAUGGUUCAGUUACUGAGGACAUUUCUGGCUCUGGGGAUAUUUCUGGUUCUUCAGAUCUGUCUGGCAGUGGGAGUGCUGAGCAGUCCAGCAGAGCAUCAGGUCUUGGAAGUGGUGACCUUUCUGGAUCAAUGUUCAGUGGAGAGGGAUCUGGGAUCACAGUGCUUUUCUCCGGAAGUGACUCCAUUCUUUCUGGUCAGGGAUCUGCAUCAGGAGGACCUCAGGAGACUAGCGAGGGAAGUGCGGAGAUCCUCACUUUUCCUGUUGAAACUGGCUCUGGAGUGUUAAGUGGCAGUGGGGCCCUGUCAGAGUCUGGGUUCCCCUCAGGAGGGAGUGGUUCUUCCACAGACACCUUUAGCAGCUUUGGAAAACAUGUAGAGUUCUCUGGGUUGGGGACUAGUUCUGGUUCUAGUAAAGAGUUUUCUGGGUUCAGUGGACUCCCAUCAGGAUUCGAUCCCUCAGGACAUUCUGGUGGACUGUCAGGAGAAGAGUCUGGCAGUGGAGACCCACAGAUCCUACUGAUUGAUGGAAAACUGGCAGAAGUGUCCACCUCACUGUCCCACAGAGAGCAGGAGCUGGGAGGAGACCUUCUGGAGUUCAGUGGUUCUGGAGACUUUUCAGGAUCUGGGAUGACGAGUGGACUUCCCAGCAAUGAUCUCAGUGGCUCUGCCUCUGGGACCUCCGGCUUCUUCUCAGGUGUGACCUUUGUGGAGUCAAGGUUCACGGACCUUACAGAGCAAUCCUCAGGUGAGCAUGAGACCUCUGGGGUUUUACUCUAUGGUUCUGGACAGGGAAGUGGGGGCCUUCCAUCUGGAUUUGGAAGCUCAGGUUUCCCAUCUGGUUCAGGUUCCGGAAGUUCUGGGCUAGAGUUCUCCAGUGGAGACAAGGGGAGCAUCACAUUUGUGAGUGGAGACAUCAUAAUGGAGGUGGCCACGACAAACACUCUGUCCAUGGAGUUUGGGCAGGGGUCACUGGAGUACAGCAGAGAGGGGAGUAGCAGCACCGAUUUCGACUCGGGCAGUGGAUCUGCACAGCUCCCCACAGUUAGUGGUGUCUCUUCUGGGGAGCACUCUGGAGAUUCUCCUUUUGUGGUACUUCCCUCUCCUUCGGAUAAGGGAGACCUGAUAGCCAGCACAACCCACCCAGAAGAAUCUUUGGCUGAUCCUGAAGUGAUGGAGACCCCUGGUGAGUUCUAUGGGACCUCUGCCCCUGCCCCACUUGCUCCGGUUGGACUGGCUGCCCCUACAACCACUGCUCCUGUCACCUUGAUGCAUACACCCAGCAUUAUGGAAGUACCUGAUAUAGUGACAGGUGGCUCUAACCCAUGUGAACCUAACCCAUGUGGUGCUGGUUCAUGCACUUUUGAGGGGGGGGUUAGUCGGUGCCAUUGCCCCCCUGGGCUACAAGGAGAGGCCUGUCGGGACGGUGAGUUAAUAAAAGAUGAACAGCGGUGUGAGGAGGGUUGGACAAAGUUUCAGGGGAACUGUUACCUCCAUUUCUCUGAGCGGCAGACCUGGCUGGAUGCGGAGCAGCGCUGCCGGGACCUGAACGCCCACCUGGUCAGCAUCGUCACCCCCGAGGAACAACACUUUGUCAACCUGAAUGCGCAGGACUACCAGUGGAUUGGUCUGAACGAUAAAACGGUGGAGAACGACUUCCGCUGGACAGACGGCACGCCGCUGCAAUUUGUCAACUGGAGGCCGAACCAGCCUGACAAUUACUUCAGCUCCGGAGAAGACUGCGUGGUGAUGAUCUGGCAUGAGAGCGGCCAGUGGAACGACGUUCCCUGUAACUACCACCUGCCUUUCACCUGCAAGAAGGGACCAGUCUUAUGCGGUGCCCCGCCAGAGGUGGAAAACGCCAGCAUGUAUGGGAACCGGAGGGAGCGGUACCCGGUAAACUCCAUCAUCCGCUACCAGUGCCACGCCGGCUUCACCCAGCGCCACCUGCCGGUGGUUCGCUGCAGAGCAGACGGACAGUGGGAGGAGCCGCAGGUGCAAUGUAUUCCCUUCGAAACCAACCGGAGAAGACAGCAGAGGACCGGCAGGAGUUGAGCAGAGUCGGCCAUCGGCAAACUUCACCAAGCAGGAAAAAAGGAGAAGUUAAUUUGUUCGAAAGAACAUUUUCAGCAAACG